CGCACGCGCAGUGGCGGCUCCGCGUGGAUUUCCGGGCGCUGCAGGAGCAGCUCCUCCUUUUCUGCUCGCGGGCGGCCAUCAUGGUGUUCAAACGCUUCGUCGAGAUCGGCAGAGUUGCCUUCAUUUCCUUCGGGCCUCAUGCUGGCAAGCUGGUGGCCAUUGUGGAUGUUAUUGACCAAAACAGGGCCCUGGUUGAUGGCCCCUGCAGUGGUGUCAGGAGGCAGGCUAUGCCCUUCAAGUGCAUGCAGCUGACUGACUUUGUUCUCAAGUUCCCACACAGUGCUCGUCAGAAGUGUGUGCGUCGUGCCUGGGAGAAGGAGAAUAUAAAUGAAAAAUGGGCAGCGACAAGAUGGGCAAAGAAGAUCGAAGCCCGAGAAAAGAAAGCCAAAAUGACUGACUUUGAUCGCUACAAGGUUAUGAAAGCAAAGAAAAUGAGAAACAGGAUCAUCAAGCAUGAAAUGAAGAAGCUCCAGAAGUUGGCUUCUCAAAAGGGCAAGAAGCCAGAGAAGGCGCCAAAGCCACAGAAGGCAUCAAAGGCAGAAAAGGCGCCAAAGCCCCAGAAGGCACAGAAGCAGGAGAAGGCGCAGAAGGCACAGAAAUAAAAAUGAACUUCUGGUUGUGUAUGA